CGUAUGGGAAAUAUCAAGUGCCUCAGCAUUAUAAAGUAAGAUAAAGUCGUCUUCAUUUAAUUGACUUACUUAUUAUGGAUCUGCCGGUGAACGAAGAAAAUUUGCAACAAAUAUUAAACAAGUUGUCUGAAGAUGAGGUUUCUAUAAAGAAAAAUCUAGAUACAAUUCUUAUUCGACGAUGUCAUGUGGAAGCAAAAUUACAAAAUAUUGGCAAAGUAUUGCCAAAUGUUGUACUAAUACGAACAGAAGGAGAAAAGUUUUGUGAUAUGAUUGCUUGUACCAACGAAUUAGCUGAAAAUGUUAGCGCUAAAGUGAGACAAUUGGAUUUAGCAAGAAGCAGAGUGUGUGAAUGUCAAAGUAGAAUAAAUGAUAUAUUAGACUUGCAAUUAUGCAGUGAAGGAGUAGCGACUGCAUUGCGUAAUGAGGAUUAUGAGCAAGGUGCUGCACAUGUUCAUCGUUAUUUAGCAAUGGACCAGAAAUUACUGGAAAGAACAGCCAAAGAUGUGUCAGGAGAUCAUACUAGUAUUAGCAGUUCCCUGGUUACUUUGCAACAGGCUGCAAUGGAAUUGAGGACCGUCAUCACACAUAAAUUUGAUGAAGCUGUGAAAUCUGAGGAUCUGGCAUCUGUCGAGAGAUUUUUCAAGAUAUUUCCAUUGUUAGGAAUGCAUUUAGAAGGAUUAAAGAAGUUUUGCAGUUACUUGUGCACCAAAUUACAUGAGACUGCACAAAAGAACCUACAAGCAGCACUAGAAAUUAAAAGUAAUGACAAGAGAGCAGCUGUUAUUUUUUCUGACACCAUGACUCUCUUAUUCGAAGGGAUUGCACGUAUCAUAGAAGUGCAUCAACCGAUCAUUGAGACUUACUAUGGCCCUGGUCGACUAUUAAUGACAAUUUCGAUUUUACAAAAGGAGUGUGAUAGGCAAGUCAAGAAGAUUGUUGCUGUAUUCACGAAACAUAGAUGUAUAUCCAAAAAUGUACAAAUGAUAAAUGAAUACUUGAGAAAACCGAGUCCUGAAAGGCUUGAUCCUAAGGAACUCGAUCUCCUCUUGGGAGAAAUUACUAUAAUGCAUUCGAGGGCAGAACUUUAUAUACGCUUCUUAAAGAGAAGAGUUAAGAACGAUAUAGAGAUCAGUACUACUGAUGAGACACAACGUACAGAGUUGCUUAACGAAUUUGAAAUGAUGAUAAACAAUUCUGAAUUGGCACAUGGUAUGCAAGAGCUGCUUGGCGCCUAUCUUGCAUUAGAAAGAUAUUUUCUCGAGGAGAGUGUAAAUAAGGCUUUAGGAAUGGACACACUAGAUCCGGAUCAACAAACUUCCAGCAUGGUCGAUGAUGUAUUUUUCAUAGUACAGAAAUGCAUACGACGAGCUAUGUCAAGUUGGAGUAUAGAUGGUGUUUGCGCUGUCGUUAAUAUGGCUUGCGGCAUCUUGGAAGGCGAGUUUGCAAACAGAUUAAGGAACAGGUUACGUCAGGGUUAUCCAGCGGGCUACCUAGAUCUAGCGCAAGCAUACAGUGCUCUCCAGACGAGUAUACAGCAUGGUCGUUUACAAACGUCAGAUACAGAAUGCGCCCGUCUUAUGUUUCUGGCAUACUUAAAUAAUACCGAUAUGAGUACGGAAUAUGUGGAAACAUUAUGCAAAAGCCUUGGUGCAGAGAUAGAUGCAACAUUUCCCAAUAUGCAAAAGAAGGAUAGAGGCAAAAUUGACAGUUGUUUGUCCAGUCUAAAGGGAGUUAUAUUGAUACUACGAGGUAUUAUCGAUUGUGGCUUGGAACAGUUACGUGUCAGCGCCGUAAAACCCAGAGUCACUCCAUGGCUCGAUGCGUUUUUGUCCAUUGAUCAUCAUAUUAAUGAGGACGAAUUGUUGAGAUACGAAACGGACGAGCCAUUUGUACAGACAUUAAUCACAAACCUAGAGGGUCUACUUCGAGGAUUUAAGGAUAGUCUAACAACUUCUAAUUACGAUGCACUUAUUGGUCUUCUAACUGCGGAAGUUACGGCUCGUCUGGAAAAAGUAGUUUUAAAAUCGACUUUUAAUCGGGCAGGAGGUCUGAUAUUAGACAAGGAAAUAAGAUCGCUAGCCAGUUACUUGGCAGCUGCUACGUCUUGGUCAGUGAGAGACAAAUUUGCGCGUUUAACACAGAUUGCUACUAUUCUAAGUAUAGAGAAGAUAGAGGAAUUGGCCGAUUACUGCGGCGCAGACGCGAUAGCGUGGCGAUUAACGCCGUCAGAAGUGCGACGUAUCGCUUCUCUGAGAAUAGACUUUCGACCGGAAGACAUCAAGAGACUGAAACUAUGACUUGUUAUUCUAUAAUGCUGCAAUAUAAAUCUCAUGGCACAUACAAAAA